AUGAAUAUUAUUAAAUAUUUUAUACUUUCAUCUUGUCGUCGGUUACUAUUAAGAAUAUUACAUUUGUAUUCUGUUCGUCGUUUCAUUGUCUUUCAUUUCAAUUAUUGUUGUUCGCAGUCAUCAAAUAUUAUUGUCUCAUUAACAAGUACUCCAAGACGUUUUCAAUAUGAAUUACCAUUUACUAUUCAUUCAUUAUUGACUCAAACAAAAUUACCAAAAGAAAUUCGUAUUUAUUUAUCACCAACUUCUACUAUCAUUAAGCAAAAAAAUCUAACAUUAAAUCAUUUAAAAAUGUACGUAAAACAUGUCGAUUCAUCGAUAAUUAUUGCAAAACUAUUUGAUGAACUAGUACAUAUACGUCUUGAAGAAGAAGAUCAUGGUCCAGCAACAAAAUUUUUACCUAUUUUAAAAGAAUUUCAUAUUUUAACAACAAAUCAAUUCAAAUCACAAGCAAUUAUGAUUUGUGAUGAUGAUCAUUAUUAUCAUCCUCAUACGAUAUCUGUAUUACUUAAAUAUUCAAACGAAUACAAGAAUAGUAUUGUUGGAUUAAGAGGAUGGCGAAUUCGUGAAGAUCUUAUUUGGGGUGUAUCAGGUGCAGUAGAACUCGGUUAUCAUAUAAUUGAAUCAUUUCGUCUAUCGGAAAUCUAUCGUGUUGGUAUAGUUACUGCUAAUCAUGCCUAUAUCAUUCGUCCUUCAUUUUUUGAUUCACAAAUUUAUCUUGAUUUUAAACAAGCUCCCGAUGAUAUACGUCACGUUGAUGAUAUUUGGUUAAAUGGUCAUGCAUCAAAACGAAAUAUUACUCGUUUAGUAAUACCAACAUGUUGUUAUAGUAUUAGUAUAACUCGAACACAUGAACUUGAAAAUUAUUUAAUUUCACAUCAAAUUACACGAUCAUCAGCAAAUGAUCAUGCAUUAAGAUGGUUUAAUCAAACAUGGGAAAAGGAUUUAUGGUAUAGAUUUAAUGGACAAAAUCGACCGAAAGAUCUUAUUUGGUGGAUAAAAAUUUAUCGAAAAUUGAUUAGUAUUAUUUUAAGAUUAAAAUUUAUUAUUUAUGUUGGUUUUAUCUAA